CUGCAGGUAUGGGUACAGCUCUCUCUGAACAGAGAGGCAAGUCUCUGCUAGUCGGCCUCGCCUUUGAGCCAGAUCUAUGCUGCCGUGUGUCAGAGCAGCAAUUGCGACCUUCCGUCGCUAGCUUUUGGCUUCCAAAGUGCUGGUCGUGAGUCUUGCGGUUAGCUGCACCUGCCUCGUCAGCAGCAAACGGUUCGCUCUUCCCGCAUAUGCACACGUUGGCGCUUCAAACAACAACGAACUUCGCUCUCAACCCCGUUCUGCAAACGCUACACGACCUACUUCACACAGAUCACGACAACAUCGCCAGCACCUGCACCAUGUCAUCCGACAACAUGUCAAGCCUGCGCACUCAGGCUCUGGCCAACGCAAAGAUGCUCCUCAAGCCAGCGACCACUCGCAACAUCGCCUCUGUCGACACAUCGGCCACGCUUGUGGAGAACGAUGGCCACGCUCCACUCGACAUUGUCAUCUUCGGCAACAACGAGUACACUGCGGCGGUCAUGAAAGGCCUCACUCCUGCCAUCGAGGGCGAAACAGCUCCGACCCCCGAGCUAGCUAUGCGCAAGCUCCUGAUCGCUACGUGUGAGCUGCUUCAAAUGUUCAUGCCCAAGGUCGGCAGUCAUCAACGCAACAUCCACGGCGGCGGAGUCUUCGACGAGUCCCUCAUCUCGUCAGACCUCAUCAAGGCAACCUGA